AUGGAGACGAGGAAGAACCACUCGGUGUCGGUGACUUCCUCGUCGACGGCGUCGUCGACGGCGACGGGUGCGCCGGCGAUGAGGGAGUUGAGUUCCCGGAGAACCCUCUUCCGGUGCUCCUGCUCGGCGGCCCCGCCGUUGCUGGCGGCGGGCAGCUUCCUCUUCUCCUCCUCGCCGCCGCUACCCUUGUAGUAGCCGUCACCCCAGGCGAGGACGGAGCUUCCGUCGUCAUCGGAGGACUGCCAGAAGAUGGCGUAGGUCCAGCUCUCCCUCGCCCCUUCGAUCAAGGUCUGCAACCGGUGCUGAAGCGUCUCCUGGUUGAAGCUCGCGGCGGCGGCGGAGGAGGGAACCGGCUGCACCGCCGCAGAGGAGGAGGAGGCCCCCCACAGAUCGGAGGAGGCCAUGAAGGCCUCCAUCAUCGAGCCGUUGUCGUCGCUCCACAGGUUCAUUGGGCCACGCAGCAGCUACGGCGGCGCCACCACCCGAUUCAGCAGCGGCGAGAAGGAGGGGAAGAGGAUGGAGGUCGGGGAGGGGCGGGGCGAAGAAAGGAAGGGGUGAGGGAUUAUUUAAUGUGGCUUAAAUUUGGGGAAAAUUUGGGAGUCAUUUGGGGCUCAUUUCGGACAAGGCAAGCCCCCGUAUAAGUCUGAAGGGCCAAAGGCCGCCGCCGCAGCCGCCAAUCGGAGAUGGGCGACACCAGCGUGCGCACGUCACUCCGUCCUGUCUGAAUUAACACGAGGUAGAUUUUUUGACUGUGGGGCCCGAAAGCUAUUUCCCCACGUUUUAGAUCUGGGAGACAUACAGCGACCCUCCUUAUCCUGCCUUUUCCACAUGUUUCGUCUCAGUCCGCACUACCUUUAUCUUUAGACACGUGGUCGUCCUAGAUACUCUUUGACUCCUCCCCUCUCUCUCUCUCGUUACUCCGUUGUGGCCCACCCCAUAGCACCAUAGCAGCAGACGUUGCCUGUCGCCGGUACACUCUCCCCCUCUCUCCCUCUCUCCCUCCCUACUCCGUUGUGGCCCACCCAUACUGUAGCAGACUUUGCCUGUCGCCGGUACACUCUCUCUCUCCCCCCCUGUCUCUCUCUCGCUCUCUCUCUCUCUCGCUCUCUCUCUAUCCUCGAUGUACUAAUAAUAAUUUCCUAACAAUGCUUAUUAACCCGGGUAAUAAUAAAUUAUUAAAAAAUAAAUCCCCGUCUUCUCCUUUGUAUAUAGUGGGCCGAAAGGAGGGAGAGAGAUAGGUCCAUCUGGGCCAGGUUACCUCACCCUAUUAAAUGGGCCGACUGGUCAGAUUGGCCCACCUUAUCCACAAGAAGAAGUCUGAUGGGAGGGUGGGGUUUUUCUUUCCACCGCUCCUCAUCCGAGUUGGGAGCUCGGAGGAAUGGCGUUGCCGGCGACGACCACGGCGGCGCUUCUAUCGUCCCAUGCCUCGACGGCGGCGGUGCCGCUGGCGGGGAGUUUCAGGCUCUGCGUCUCCGGUUAUGCUCGUCCUCUGUGUAGGGAUUUCUACUCCAUCGGUUAUUCGCAGAUCUCUUGUUGGCUGUCUCUGCGCUGCGGCGGCCGGAGGAGGAGGUUGUCGGAGCAGCUGUGCUUGGCGGUGGAGGGAAGCGAGGUCGCCUUGGAGGAGGUGGAGGAGGAGGAAUCGGUGGAGGCGACGGCGGCGGUGGACGGAGGGGGGGAAGCUGAGGCGGAGGAGGGAGAGGAGGAUGAUAAGCGGCGGAAGCUGUACGUGGUCAACUUGCCGUGGAACUUCACCGCACCAGAGAUGAGAGACCUUUUUGGCCAGUGCGGCACCGUCAAGGACGUCGAGGUUGCUCUCUCUCUCGCUGUGUUUGUUUGUCAUCGUAUCGACGAGAUCUAUUCAUCUUCCACAUCGUCGUUUCUUCUGCUGGCAAUUUCAGAUCAUCAAGCAGAAGGGAGGAAAGGGUAGAGGUUUUGCGUUCAUCACCAUGAACUCGGCGGAGGAGGCCCGGGCUGUCAUCGAGAAAUUCGACUCCUAUGUAAGCUUUCUCUUUCCCAAAUUUCAACACGAGAUCAAUCAAUGCUUCUGAAUGUGGCUUCCCUCAGAUGCAUGGAAUAAACCUUCAUUUUUCCAGAAAUAUUGACUGAAUUUACCUCUAUUUGAUCCAACAUUGAUCAACGAAAUGAUGAAUUAUGUGCUUUUUUUUCUUGAUUUAUGAUAAAUAAUGUUGUUUUAGUGGCCCAUGUUACUGAAGGAUAAGCUCGGGAGAAUGUAAUCUUGAAAGGAUCCAAAACUGAAGAAGUAGAACAUCAAUCACUUGGAGAUUAUAGAAACUGUUCACCCAAAUAAAUUCUUAGAAAAGGGGCGGUUCAUUUUCCUCAAUUAUCUAAAUUCAUCUUGCAAUCUUUUCACUUUUUCUAUCUAUAUAGACGGCCCAGAAUAUGUUUUAGGAUUAUUUUUUGCAUAAAAAUGUGUUACAUGGGGAUCCUGACGGAGAAAACAUGAGUUCAGACUGUCCCGUCAAUUUAAAAAUAGAAAAGAACACCUCUCCAAUCCCUGA